AAUUAAACAGUUUUAAAGAAGUGUUUAAUUCGCGGAAAAAAUAAUUUCGCUUUCAUUUCUUGAAAAUGUUUUCCCUGAAAGUGACGCGACUUCUGCUCCUGUUCUGUCUCACGUUCGCCUUCGCUUCUGGCGCCAAGUCCUUCAUCAAAGGUCUGAUUAUCGGCGGUCUUUUGGGCCACAAGAAGGCCGCGCUGUUGCACGAGAAGGGCGGAGAGGAGCACAAAGAGCACUACGAGAAGGAGUACGUGCCGAUGCCUGUGCACAAGGAGUACAUCCCGGUGCCGAUGCACGACGAGCCCAAAUAUAUCCCCAUUUAUAUUGUUAAGGAAUGCACGAAAAAGAGCGAAAAGUCGUACAGUUUUGACGACUCUUACGACGAAAGCGAUUCGCAUUUCGCGGGAAAUGGAGACAAGUAUUUGGGAGAAGACGACGCGAAGGACUUUGACGGCUACGAGAGCCGCGAGCGACGGGUGACGAAAAUGGACACGAAUUCGCUGAAUAUCGACAUUUCGGCGCAAAAGAACUGAACAUGAUUUUUAAAUAUAUUUAUUUUUGGUAUUUUGUUAACUAAA